AUGGCAGAACACGAACACGAUCACGAUUUUCAUACGGGCGAUGCUGGUGCUGCUACAACAUAUCCGAAGCAGUGCUCUGCUCUUCGCAAAAAUGAAAACGUUAUGCUCAAAGGCCGUCCGUGUAAGGUUGUUGAAAUGAGCACUUCAAAAACUGGUAAGCACGGACAUGCCAAAGUUCAUCUUGUUGGCUUGGAUAUCUUCACUGGCAAGAAAUUGGAAGAUAUUUGUCCAUCUACUCAUAAUAUGGAUGUUCCUGUAGUGAAGCGUAAAGAAUAUCAGCUCCUAUCAAUAAAUGAUGAUGGUUAUGUCAGCUUGAUGGAUCUAGAUACGUGUGAAACAAAAGAUGACUUGAAGUUACCUGAGGGUGACUUGGGAGAUCAAAUCAAACAGGCAUAUGAAAAAGACGAGAAUGGAAUAUUAUGUCUCGUUGUUGCUGCUUGCGGUGAGGAAGCGAUACUCGGUUAUAAGAAUAUGCCGAACAAGGAAGAAAAAUGA